AUGGCCUAUGAGCAACUUCUGUACCAGGUUACCAGAAAGGAUCUCUACUAUAUAGUUUCUUCCUGGGCUCAAUUUAAGCAUGCUUCUGGGAAUGCCCUUAUUGAAGUGAGCAGUUGGCAACACCCUAACCCAUUGCAGGUCCUGUACUUCAGGAUUUUCUGGUCUGGCAACAGUGACCCUUGGCCUCCAAAGUCCCCUUCUGCAGACAAAGAUCCCACUUCUCUCUCCCUGGAGCUCCCCAACUUGAUCCACCUUCUAUACUGGCCUCUGACCCCAGGAGAUGGGGGGGACCUUUUGGCCUCCACCAGCCACAAGACUUCCACCUACCACCUGAGGGGUCCUGCUCAGGACACCUAUGCCCUGGGAAGCUACCUGGAGGUUGUCCUUGUAGCCAGGGACCACCGGGGCAGGCCCAAGACCCAUGGUGGGGAUCUGUUUCAGGCACGAUUGCUGGGUCCAGAAUUGAGAGCAGGGGUCCCCGGGGAUGUCCAGGAUCUGGAGAAUGGCACAUACCUAUUGUCCUUCCCUCUGCUCUGGGCUGGGAGGGCCCAGGUGCAAGUGCGGCUGAUCCACUCCAGUGAGGCCGUUGGGGUUCUGCGCAGAAUCUGGACAGAACACUGGGCCACAGUUGAUUUCAUAGGCUAUUUCCGGGGACCCAGGGGAGAUGAAGAAAGUGUAUCUUGCAAUGUGAAUCCCUUGUUGAUCAGGGAGGAAAAAUCCUUCUGUUACUACAAGGAUGAAGAUUCAGGUGAAUUCUGGUAUUGUGACCAGCCCCCUACCCUGGCCUGCAGCAUGCUGGUGGGACAUUCAGUUGGACAUUACUGGAAUGUGACCACAUCUCAUGAAGAGGCCCUGCUGGCUUGGAAUCUGACAGACAAGGUCCUCCCUCAGGGUAUUGGUCCAGUCCAUGUGGCCAGGAAUACCAGCAGGAGUCUGGUUCUGUCCCCUGCACUACCAUGCUACCCUGGGAUCUCUACUCCAAAGCCCUCUGGCUUCUACCACCAAGAUGUGUGGCACUCCCUGGCCUGCUCCAACCGACCCUUCCCCAAUGUCAGCAGCAUCCUGGGCUGUCUGGCUGGCCAUAUCAUCCACAUGAUGGGGGACUCCACGCUUCGGCAGUGGUGGGAAUAUCUGCGUGACACAGUGCCCUCCCUGAAACCAGUGGAUCUACAUUCCAUGUAUCAGGUGGGGCCCCUAAUGGCCGUGGAGACCACUCGGGGCAUAGUGCUGCACUGGCGAGCCCACAGCUGGCCACUGCGCUCCAAACGCACACCAGUGGCCUCCCUGCACUCCGUGGUCAGAGAGCUGGGGGGCCUGGCCGGGGGCCCCCAUACCGUGGUGGUGCUGGGCCUGGGAGCCCACUUCACCACCUUCCCUCCAUCCAUCUUUGCAAGACGACUGGCAGGGAUUCGGGCAGCUGUGAUGGCCCUGCUGGAGCGGGAACCCAGAACCCUUGUGGUCAUCAAACUGGCCAACACUGGCUAUAAGUCUGUGUAUGGCAGUGACUGGUUCACCCUGCACAUGAACCGGCUCCUGCGAUCUGCCUUUGCUGGUCUCCGUGUGGCCUUUGUGGACGCUUGGGAAAUGACCUCCAGCCUGGCCCUGCCCGACAACAUCCACCCAGGGAAGCUCAUUGUGAGCAAUGAAGUGAAUUUGCUCCUCUCCUUCAUCUGUCCCACCUGAGAGCUUCUGAGGGUUGUUGGCCUAGGUUGACAAAGGGCCUGGGCCACUGUUAUGAAGAAAAACACAGCCAUAAUAAAGCUUUUGGAAUAAGGGCAGAUGCCAUCAACUUCUCUCACAGCAAAACGUGAUGGCUUCCUAACUGAUUCAGCAGAUUCUAUUCUUGCCCCACAACAACCUCUCCUCCACUCAGAAUAAGAGUGAUUUUUUAUUAAAUUCUUGUUUAUUUGGUACCAGGAAUUGAGCCCAGGGGCACCUUACCAUAGAGCUACAUAUCUAGCCAUUUUUGGUUAUUUAUUUUUCUUUUCUGGCAGGCUCUCACUAAGUAAUUUAGGGUCUCAUUAAGUUGCUGAGGCUGGCCUUGACCUUGCCAUCCUCUAGCCUUGGCUUCCUGAGAUGCUGGGAUUACAAGUGUGUGCCACUGCACCUGGCAAGUGAUUCUCUCUCUCUCUCUCUCUCUCUCUCUCUCUCUCUCUCUCUCUCUAUAUAUAUAUAUAUAUAUAUAUAUAUAUGUUUUUAAUGAGACAUUAAAAAAAUAGCCUGCUAAAAAGCCAAGGAUCUCCAUUUUACUUAGUAUACUAAGCCCUUUACAAUGAUCACCAAGGCCCUGCAAGAUGGCUGUACCUAACUCUGCAUUAUCCAUCCCUGGCCCUUCACAGUCUGACCCCAGGGACUUAAUGACGCUCAAGCAGGUUAAGCUGUCCUGCCUCAGGGGCUUAUACCUGCUGUUCCUGUGCUUGGAAUCGCCUUCCCCCAGAUCUUCAUAUGGGCGGCUUUCUUGUCAUUCAAUUCUCUGAUCAAAAUCUCAUAGGUUUUUCCUGACCACCCAAACUUAAGUAGCACCCUCUCUUCUCUCUGCUAACCCUUCCUCAUUUUUUCUAUAUCACUAACUACAACCUAUAAUUAUUUGGUUGCUACUACUAUUGUGGUUGUCACCUCAAUAAAAUGUGGUUUCCAUGAAGGACAGAGGGUGUCUAGGUUGCUCACUGUUGUAUCCUGUGAUUUACAGCAGUGUUUGAUGAUGCAAUAUUCAAUAAACAUCCCUUGAAUGAAUAAAUCAGUUAAUGAGUUAAA